AGUUGUGCACAAUAUGGCGGCCAUUGUGGCAGUAGUUCAGAGAAACAUAGCCAAAAUAGAUCUUGUUCAGGGAUUUACACCACUUGUGAGUCUAUUUCGACUUGCCAGCAAGAAGGCUGCUGGAAGCACCAAAAACCAAGGCAAAAAUAAAAAAGGAAAACACUUAGGAGUAAAAAGAAGAGAAGGUGAAAAGGUUAUACCAGGUACAAUACUUGUACGGCAAAGAGGAUAUAAAUUCCACCCUGGAGUAAGUGUUGGAGUGGGAAGAGAUCACACACUGUACGCCUUAAGCGAGGGAGUUGUGAGGUAUAAAAGGGAACUCUUAGAUCCUUAUCCAUGGGGGCUAGGACACAAGGGCCCAAUCCAUGAAAGGAAGUUUGUGCAUGUUGAAAGUGAAGUGAAGAGUCCUGAAGUUAUUCUUGUUCAAGAAUCACUGCUUGAAUCUAUUCCAGAGCCUACAAUGACAUAACUAAAGACUCUUGUUGAACUUGAGUUGUGAUGGCAGAAAUGGUUAGCAUUCAAAAAGGAUUAGAAAUGGAAAUGAUUGAGACAUUGUGGAUAAAUCUCAUUGCAAUAUUAUUGAAAAGUCGUGAAUCAUUCAGGACUGUGGCAGGUACCAUGGAGUGAGUUAUCUCUAGCACUUUUCCAUUUUUUAUCAUAUAAUUUGUCCUAUGCUCUUCUAACUUAACGCCCUGUCCACUUUUGCCGAAUGUGCUUCUAAAAAUCCAAAGUGAGUUGUAUCAUUCCUUUAUGUAUGUCUGAGAAUCCAAAAUAUAUCUCAUUGAAAUCAAAGUUAUAGUAGUGAAGUUCUGCAUGUACUCAUAGUUAAUAGAGAGGACUAUGAUGUACGCUGUGAACAGAGUGUAUUUUACCUUACCUCAAUAAAAAUUGUURUUUCCUUYGCGAAUUUUUUACUGAGGUAAGGUAAAUAACACUCUGUUCGCAGGGUAACUAUGAUGUACAGGAGUAUUUUAAAUCAKUUUUGCCUUAAAACGUUUUUAUAUAUGAAAUUUUACUUGUCGCACUUGGAACUAUAGCACUCGUUGUAUUUUUUCUUAAUAAAUCUUAAAACGUUU